AUGUUUUCAUCACCAAGUUCUGCCAUAGAAUCCCAGAAUUAUGAUUUUGAAAAAGCAGAAAAUGCUGCAAAGUGGAAAGGUGUUUUUGUUAACUCUUUACGAAAAGUCUUGGAACAAGUCCAUUCGUCACUGACAGCUCGUGAUGAUGCAUUAGAAUAUGUAGAAUCAUUAAUACUUCGGCUGUUGGGUAUGCUUUGCGCUAGACCUCCUCCUCAUACCACCCAAGAUGUCGAGGAGAGAGUACGAAGAACGUUUCCCACACCCAUUGACAGAUGGGCACUCACCGAUGCCAAAGAGGCGAUAGAAAAAGGGAAAAAAAAAUCACCGUUGGUGCUACCCGUCGAUAGAGUUCAUCAUUUAUUGCAAAAGGAAGUCUUGCAAUAUAAAUUGGACUCUCAGGUAUCCUUCUACAUAGUUGCCGUGCUUGAAUAUAUAUCGGCAGAUAUUUUGAAGCUGGCCGGCAACUAUGUUAAAAACAUUCGUCAUGUAGAAAUCACUUGCCAAGACAUAAGAGUUGCUAUGUGUGCGGACAAGGUAUUGAUGGACAUGUUUCAUCAAGACGAAGGGGGAUCAUCAUCAUCAACGGCAACAAUUGAAGAAUCAGAAGGAAUACAACCGAGAACAUCUCUCACGUACGAAGAAGUUGUUAAAGAUUUGAUACACGACGAAAAACAAUACCUGAGAGAUCUUCAUAUGAUAAUAAAAGUUUUUAGAGAAGAAAUUGCAAAGUUAACCAACAAUCCGAAGGAUUUAGAAGAUAUGUUUAGUAAUAUAAUGGAUAUAUACGAGCUGACAAUUACAUUGUUAGGAUCUCUAGAGGAUAUGGUUGAAAUUUCAGAAGAAAAACAACUUCCUGCUGUCGGUAGUUGCUUCGAAGAAUUGGCAGAGGCGGCCGAGUUUGACGUAUACGGUAAAUAUGCAAGAGACAUGAUGUCUUCCAAGUCUCGCGAAGCUUUACAUCGACUUCUUUCUCGUCCUGAAGUAUCCGAAACUCUUCACACGGCGGGACAAGGUUUUUGUGAAGCUGUCAAAUAUUACCUUCCAAAGCUUCUCUUAGGACCCGUAUGGCAUUGCUUUUUGUAUUUUGACUACAUGAAAGUGCUCAAUAAGUUGACUCCCAUGGUGGAGGAUAAAGAAAGUUUGGAACAGGUCGAAGGAUUACUUCGACCGCUUCAAAUGGAAUUAACGUCUUUGAUUGGUAACGUCGCUAGGCGAGAUACGAAUGUUAGAAUGCACAGUCGUGUAAGAAGACAAAUCGCAAUAGAAAAAACGAACGAACUUCAAAGAUCCAUCGACGGUUGGGAAGGGAAAGAUAUAGGGCAAUGUUGUAAUGAAUUUAUUAGAGAGGAUGUUUUGGGAAAGCUUAGUUCGGGAAAAAGGUUAACUGAAAGGAGAGCUUUUCUUUUCGAUGGUUUAAUGGUUCUUUGUAAGCCAAAUUCUAAAAGAACAUCAGUUUCCGUCACGACACAGCAAACAACUGCUGAAUUCAGAUUGAAAGAAAGAUUUUUUAUUAGAAAAGUGUACAUAACCGAUAAGGAAGACACAGAGGAUUUAAAAAAUGCAUUUGAAAUAUCUCCAAGAGUUCAACCAAGUGUGAUUCUAGUUGCCAAAUCUCCCGAAGAUAAAAAUAUUUGGAUGGCAGAUUUAAUAAUGCUUAACACUAAAAGCAUGCUUGAUAGGUUAUUAGAUAGCAUAUUGUUGGAUGAAGAAAAAAAACAUCCAUUAAAGUUGCCUCCUCCACAUUUGUACAAAUUUGCCGAAGCCGAUUCUAAAGACAAUAUUGUCUUGGAUGAGACUGAAGGUUCUGGUGUGCCACUUAUAAAGGGUGCAACUUUGUACAAAUUAAUUGAAAGACUGACUUAUCACAUUUAUGCUGAUCCAAUGUUUGUUCGUACGUUCCUUACGACUUACCGUAGUUUCUGUAGUCCGCAAGAACUUUUGGACCUUCUUGUGGAAAGGUUCAACAUUCCCGAGCCUCAACUCUUUUACGACGAUAAUAAGGAAACUUCCGAAUCGGACAAAACGAUAAAAAAUUCACAAAGAGAAGACUGGAAGAGGUUUAGAAAAGAAUAUUGUCAACCGGUUCAAUUUAGAGUUUUAAAUGUACUUCGGCACUGGGUCGAUCAUCACUUUUACGAUUUCGAAAGAGACGCUACGCUCCUUGAAAAACUUCAUCAUUUUCUCGAUACCGUUAAUGGUAAAAGUAUGAGGAAGUGGGUUGAUUCGGUUUUGAAGAUUGUACAAAGGAAAUGCGAUUCGAAUGAAAUACAAAGAGAAAUAACUUUUGCAUUUGAUAGAAGUCCUCCUCCGAUCGAAUGGCAUAUCAGGUGUCCCGAAGAAGAAUGGAGCAUAUUAACGCUUCAUCCCAUCGAGAUCGCUCGACAACUGACGCUCUUAGAAUUCGAACUUUAUCGAGCUGUUAAACCUUCGGAAUUAGUCGGUUCGGUUUGGACGAAAAAAGACAAAGAAAAAACUUCUCCAAAUUUAUUAAAAAUGAUAAAACAUACGACUAAUUUUACAAGGUGGCUUGAAAAAAAUAUAAUCGACGCCGAAAAUUUAGAAGAACGAAUAGCCAUAGUUUCUAGAAUAAUAGAAGUUAUGAUGGUGCUUCAAGAGUUAAAUAAUUUUAAUGGUGUACUCGCGGUGGUCUCGGCCAUGGGAUCCGCUGGGGUUUUCCGAUUAAAAUUUACUUUUCAGGCAUUGUCAGCGAGAUUAGAUAAGGCUUUAGAAGAAGCGAGAGAAUUAAAUGCUGGACAUUUUAAAAAAUAUCAGCAAAAAUUAAGGUCUAUUAAUCCGCCUUGCGUACCUUUUUUCGGCAUGUAUUUAACAAACAUUUUAUUUAUCGAGGAAGGAAAUCCAGAUUACUUGCCUAAUUCUCCUAAACUGAUUAACUUUAGUAAAAGAAGAAAAGUGGCAGAAAUCACGGGAGAAAUUCAACAAUACCAAAAUCAGCCAUAUUGUUUUAGCGUCGAAUUAAAAAUUAGACACUUUUUAGAAAAUUUAUGUCCGUUUGAAAACCAAACAGACGCAGAAAUAGGAAAUUAUCUUUUUAAUAAAUCAUUAGAAAUAGAACCUAGAAUGUGUAAACAACCUCCUAGAUUCCCGAGAAAGUGGCCAGAAUUAAAUUUAAAAUCGCCCGGUACGAAACCGAAAAAUCUACCCGGGCGAAGUCAUCCUCCAAUGCCGUUGCCAUCUAUCGAUCGUCAUAGAUCACCGUCUACCAUGCGAUUACAAGAGGAUCAAGAACCGGAAACGCCUAAAACUCCUCACACUCCGCCUCAUAGGCCUACGCCAGAUCUUAUCGAUAAUACUGUUUUUAUGCCGGUUUUAAUAGGAGGCCGAUCAGGAAAUCAAUCCCCUGGAGGCCAAGUAUUAGUAUCCUCUGCCACUCCUAGUCCCGGUACGAGUCCGUCUCCGGCUCAUCCUCCCGCUCUUCCACCACCGCCGCCUCCUCCUGCUAAAUCAAUCGAACUCGUUCGACUUCCUUCUUCGAAAAUAGUUAGAUCUGCCGUUGCUCCUCCCCUUCCCCCAAGGCGGAAAAAAGAAAAUUCCACGGGAGAAUCAAUCCCGGAUGUUCCUCCGCGUGAUCAGUCACCUCCUCCGCUUCCUCCUCGCAGUAAUCCGUCCCAUUUGCAAAGGCGUAAUUCCGCCCUAGAUGUUGGCCAAAAUGAAGGGCAAACGACCGUGCCAAGGCGUCACAUGUCAGUAAACGGACCCUUUCUAAGCACAAUGCCCAGAUCCGGUCAUAAGGCGUUACCAGUUAAUCAUCAAAUAUCAACUAUGCCAGCACCGACAUUUCACGUCCCAAAUCAUUCUCAAGAUACCCAAUCGCACGGUCAAGGCGUGCCGCCAUUUUACGGACAUUUGUCUUUCGGAAGUCAUAAUCUUCAAGCAACUCAAACCGCCAUAUUAGGAACUCACAACUUGUCGCAAAGUUGUAGAAAUUCGGGAAAUUUUAAUUUUAAUACAAACAAGCCCGUAACGAUCGGAACGGGUAUGACGGGUAUGACGACGACGACGACUCCUCCAAUCACGACCGCUCCUCAUCCCCUUCGCCACCACCCUCACGUAAGAAAUUUCGAAAACGUAUUAGAAAAUUUAGAAUUGAACAAUGCGAGUUCUCCAACGAGAAAAACUAGUCACAAUUUUAACUUUAAGUCGAAUUCGAGCGAUAUCGAUAAGCAACAACAGAAGACGAUUUUAACUGCGUACGGUAAAAAUGAAAAUUCACCCAAAUUGUUACCGGAAAAUCUGGGAAUACCGUAUCCGGGCGAAGAACUUUCAAAUCGGUUGACGGCCGUGUCACCUCAAAAAUCCACGAAAGAAAUAAAAUCAUCGAGGCUUUCGGGAAAUCAAGAAGACAUACAUUUGAACUGCAUACUUUCCACUCCGGAACUUCCUCCGAAAAUUCAUUUGGGUAAAAAAAGUCCAGUGUAUGCCAAGGGAAGCGGAGAAACGUUGUUUCAUUUCGAUUCGCAAAAAAUCCAUAGAAUGAAUAGUUCUUCUCAGGAUGGCCACAGUUAA